AUGGUCAGAAUGGGGCCAGAUGUGCCCCUUCUUAAUGAAUACAAGCAGGAGUUCUUCUGGAAGCGCUUCCCUCAAACAGUGUUGGGGGGUCCACGCUUCAAGUUGGGCUACUGUGCACCGCCGUAUGUGUACGUCAAUCAGGCCGUCCUGUUCUUGACGCCAUGGCUGUUUGGGGGCGUUGGCACCCUGCUGUGCCAGCUGCAGCUCCUCCAGGAGCUCCACGCCGCCGUGCUCUCCGGCAUGCUGAUGUUCGGGGCGGCGGCCGGCGUGCAGGCCCUGGCGCUGUACGCUGCCCGCAGGAACGGCGCCGUGGAGAGACUUGGCGCUCCCAACGUCCUGGUUGAUGAGGAGGAGGUGGAAUUCACCCACUGCGUCAGUGCUGAGACGGUCCGGUUCAUCGCCCCCGGGAAGCGGUUUGGGCUGAACGUGCUGCUGCACACGGUGCUGGCCGGAGUGCUCUGUGGCUUCGGGACGUGGUAUGUGUUCCUCGACCGGCUGACUGCUCUCUACGGAAGCAUCGGAGUGUCCCUGGUGGUCUUCGUCCUGAGCUGGGUGACAGUGUGCAUCGCUGAGUACUCCCUCAUUGUCAACACCGCCACAGAGACGGCCACUUUCCAGGCACAGGACACUUACGAGAUCACCCCGCUCACCCGGCCCCUCUACAUCUUCAUUUUCAUCGCUGUGGACUUAGCAGAACGGUUCUCCGACCCGGUCCCUGAGCUCCAUUUAGCCAGCCAGGUCCUGCAUGUGCUGUUCCUCUUCCUACCUCUGCUGUGGGCCUUGGGGAUCCUGCCCCCCCUGGACGCGCUGCUCCUCUGGGGCAUGGAGCAGGCUCUCGUGUUCGGCUUGGGAGGUUCGCCCAUGUCGAGUAACCUCAGGCUGCUGCUGAUGUUUGGCGUGUCUGCCGGCGUCGCCGUGUGUAAUUACUUCAUCCCGUCCACGCUGGGCGUGGUCCUCUUCUCCAUCUCGACGGGCUUUCUGCUCAGCCUGGACCUCAGCCAGGUUGGCUCGCUCUGCGGAGGAUCCAGGGCCGCCUUCAGGGAGCGGGGGCUGCGCAGAGGCGGGUCACCACCUCCUCCUCUCAGCUCUUUCGGCUGGAGUCUGGGCUGCAGGGAGCUGCUGCUAUAUUUGAGCCUGUUACUGGUGGCGAUGGUGGAGGCGGGGCUGCUGCAUCACUUCCUGGGUUCAGCUCAGUCCCAGAGUUUGGUUUUAGGACCUCAGGCUCCUGUCAGCUACCUCCUGCUUGUACUCUUUGGCCUCUGCUGGGCUCUGAGGGAGGUUCAGGGGGCCUAUGUUUUUGGAGGUGUGUUCCUCAAUCCCCUGUACCCCAAAGGCAUGUCCAGCGUCCAGACUUUCCAGCAAAGAAACAAAGGAUUGUACAUUUCUGCUGCAAUCAGAAGAGUUCUUCUUUAUCUUGUGUCUCCAUUUGCAAUGAUCGCUUUCCUGUCUAUGGACAAGUCUCUGGAGCCGCUCCACACGGUUUCCCUCAGCGUGGGCUUCACACGAGCCUUCAGAGUGGUGUGGCAGAGCUCGGAGGACGCGCUGCUCCAGAUGGUGCUGGUGAUCCUGGUGCGACUGGCAGCUGGGAGCUACGAGCUGCCGGGCUGGGACGGCCUGGGGACCGGAGUGCAGCUCCUCCUGGUCGGCCUCCUGCUGGACAGACUGACCCAGUUCAUGGCCAAGCUGAAGUUCUCCCUCACCGUGUUGGUCACGUCGUGGACGGAGAAGAAGCAGCGGCGUCAGUCCGCCGGGACCCUGCUGGCCCUGAACGCCUCGCUGUGCCCGCUGCUGCUGGCCGUGGUCACGCUCUCCGCUCUGCUUUCGGCCCCUCUGCUGCCCCUCUUCACCCUGCCCAUCUUCCUGGUGGGGUUCCCGCGGCCGCAGCGGAGCUGGCCCGGCCCCGUCGGCACCGCCUGCCCCUGCCCAGACUCCAUCUUCUACCAGCAGAUGAGCGGCAGCCUGGCCUCGGCUCUGAGGACGGCCUUCGCCAGAGGAUCGCUGGGAUGUUUAGCCCCGGGCUCGCAUUUUCUGGGCCGCUUUCAGGACCGCAUGGUUUGGAUAAUGAUCCUGGAGAGAGGCUACGGCUACUGCACGGUCAACAUCAAGGGUCUGGAGCUGCAGGAGACGUCGUGCCACACGGUGGAGGCGCGCCGGGUGGACGAGGUGUUCGAGGCCGCCUUCGAGCGGCCCGAGCGCCUCGGCUUCACGCAGGGCCUCAACCUGCACUGGGGCAACGCGCUCACCCCCUGCGCUGCGCUGGCCGUGCGGGUCUACUCCGACGCCAGGAACGUGCUCUCCGGCAUCAUCGACUCCCACGACAACCUGAGGAAGCUCCAGGACGACUUCAUGAAGGCCCUGAUCUGGCUGCUGCUGCGCUGCUGCGUGCAGAAGCACAAAGGCUUCCUGUGGAGCAGCGACGAAGGCUCGGGCGUCGGAGGCGCGAAGUCUCAGUCGUCGCAGCUCCCGCAGACGGCGUGCAACCCGCCGCCCGAGGCCGUGGUGGUGGAGUCCAACGUGUCCUCGCUCCGGUUCAGGCAGGACAGCUCCAGCCUGACGUCCUUCGGGGACUGGUCGGACGAGGACGACCUGUUCGGGCCCCAGCCGGCCAGACGGACGGUGGCGUUAGUGACGGCGGAGGCGCAGUCCGGACACACGGCGCUGCAGACGGGCGCCUCGCUGCCGGGCUCCGUGGAGAUGGACAGCCUCUUCGAGAACAUGGCGCUGUCGGCCCUGCAGCCGCUGCAGCCGCUGGGCCUGGGCAUCGGCAUGCCGGCCGUGGACAAAGGCCGGAACGCCGAGGUGUUCAGGGACAGCCCCGGCUCGCUGCCCCCUCUGAACUUCAGCUGCCCGCAGUCGGAGGUCUUCAACCUGCCGGCCGUGUGGAGGACGGCCCCCCUGCUGCCGUCCCGCCUGCUGGCUCUCCGGCCUCUGUUCCCAGAGGAGUGGUUCCGGUUCAGCCUGGGCCGCUUCGGGCCCGCCGUGCAGAGCGAGACGUCGGAGGACAUGACGAAAGCCCUGAAGGAGGACGACGUCCUGAAGGAGCUCCACGUGCAGGUCGCCCUGUCCUGCCUCGUCUCGCUGGGGGCGGAGUCGGCCUUCACCAGCCCCAGCUACGUCUACAGGCUCUACUGUGGAGACGUUCCCUGGACAGACGGACUCGACUGGCUGUCCUCCAGCAAAGAGCUUUACCAGCUCACACUUCAGGCAUUCAGGUUCAGUUUCAAGCUGCUGUUCGAUCAAGCGAGCCUGGGGCCGAUGGAGAGCCCCGAGGAGCUGUUCAGCACCCUGGAGGAGUACGAGCGGGACUGGUACAUCGGCCUGGUGUCUGAGAAGGGCUGGCACGACAGUGUCCUGCAGGAGAAGCCCUUCCUCUUCUCUCUGGGACACGACCUGACCAUGGGUACCUACACCGGCCGGGUCCUGUCCCUGCAGGAGCAGCUGGUCCAGGUGGGCCGUCUGAACGGGGAGGGCGUGCGGGGCCAGUGGGCCAACCUGUCCUGGGAGCUGCUGUACGCCACUAACGACGACGAGGAGCGCUACAGCAUCCAGGCGCACCCCUUCAUGCUGCGAAACCUGACGGUGCAGGCGGCAGACCCCCCUCUGGGAUACCCCAUCUACUCCUCCGCCCCGCUGCACUUCCCCUGCCUCUGACGCCACAGGGCGACCGCGACCCCUUCAGGAUUCACCGCUGAAACGGCCGAGUUCAACACUUCAGGAGAGAGAUGAGGAAGCUAAAGCUCAGCUCCCGACACACACACACACACACGUAGAUUAUCAUCUGCGUCGUUUUUCAUAUCAGUUUAUUAUCAGACUGCUGGAAGUCAUUGAGGUUUAAGCAAAGACUGAAAAAAAAAAGAUUGUAAAAAAGUGGCGGCUCACC